GUGUGGCGGAGCAGCUCUUUGUUGUUGUUCUCCGAGAGAGCGAAAAGGAGGAGACUGAGGGGAAACUGGCUGGUUUAAAAGCUGUGAAAGUGGCCGAGGCGUAUCCAUAAGCCCCCUCCGCCUCCCUGUGCUGAGAGCGCGGCGGUAAUGAGAGCAUGCUGCGGUCCACUGGCUUUUUCCGCGGGGUUGAGUGUCCGCUGGCCGGCUGUAACAGACCGUACUGCCACUUCAGACACUCGCGGCCACCGGCUGGACUCGGCGGCUCUAAGAGGACCAGAGAGACCCCGGCAGGCUCGAACGACCAAGGUUAUGAUCCAUUCAGCCCUGAGGUGGUUAGACCAGGAGACCAGUACAAUGCAGAGGCAUCAGAUGCUUCAGCAGGCUCGGCUUUGGACCCAGGGGCCAUGGAGCUGGAGCUGGUCAACCGGGCCAUCGAGGCGGUGCGGAGCGAAAUGGAGAAGGACAAAAAGAAGCUCUCUCAGAUUGGGGACCAGGGAUACGAGCCUGCCAACAGCUCCGUUAAAGCAGGUUACAAGAGACAAGUGGCUUCUUCUUCAUCUUCUCAUAAUGCUUAUGAUCCGGGGAGUUAUCAGAUGGGCCAAGCUUCAGACUACAACCCUACACCGCGAUCCAGCAAAUACACUCUGGAUUCAGAGACCGGCAACCAUGCCAAUUCAAUGGAGUACGUACCUACGGCUGUCUCCAAACCUGGAGUGAAAAAAGCACCUGCUGCAACGUCCCGCGUCCCUGCUACGCUCCCUGCGUCUUCCUCCUCAAAGUGUAAAUACACGCUGGACAAUUCCAAACCCCCCACGGACAUGGAGUAUGAUCCACUUUUAAACUUUUCUGCUAAACCUGUCAGUAAGAGCGGGAAAGAGGUGGACGGGAGAAAGAGAACACAUCCCGCAGGCUGGGAGAAGCAAAGCACGGACGAGGAAUACGUUCCCACUGUAAAGAAGCCCAGACAGAUCCUCCAAAGCACGCCAGAUCCUCCAAAGUACACAGCCAGCUUCACAGAGUCUGAUGAGGAAAGCUCCGGAACGGAGUACCGGCCCACGCUUGUGAGCCGUCUGAAGUGUCGGAAAAGCAGUGUGGGCUCAAUGGAGGAGAACAGCAGGAGAUCCGUAGCAGAUGGCAGUGGUGCACAUAAACAACCUCAGGAACCCGCAACAGGAGGCUUUGAGUCUGAUUUUGAUACUGAGGAGGCGAAGGACAAGCUGCCUGAUAAAAAAGUGUCUGGACACAGCGGCCAGGCGAAGAGCAAAGUAGAAAAGACCAAGAAAGAGAGCAAAGAUUCUGUAAAGAAGAGCAGCAGCAGCCAUAAAGAGAAAAAAGGAAGCUCUCAUGUGGAGAAACCCUCAAAGAAGUCUAUUCAGGAGAAUGUGAAAAAGGAGAAGAACCACGGGAAGACCAUGGAGGAGAAGGUCCGAUCCAAAGAGAGGGAUUCAGACGGAGCGUGCAAAGAAGGGAAAGAGGGGAGGAGCAAGAAGUUGGAGAAGGUGAGGGGAGAGAAGGAGCGAGUCGGUGGGGAUGCCAAGAGGGCUAAAACAGACAAGCUGGACCAAAGCAAGAAGAACUCUAGCAAAUACAAAGAACAGAAAAAUGGAAAAUUGGAGAGUGGUGGACAACGAGACAAGGACAAAAAGAGAAACAGUAGCAGCAGCAGCAACAACAGCAGCAGCAAAGACAAAAGCAAAAAAAGCAACUCCUCUUUGGAGGCCAAAGUGCCGAAGGCCAAGCCACGUUCCCUGAGUCACGCUGACCUUUUUGGAGAUGAGAGCCCCGAGGAGGAGGAGGAGGAGGAAGAUGAUGAUGAGGAAGACGAGCGGAUAGUGAGGAAGUCUGCCUCGGCUUUCAAACGAGGCGCUCUGAUCAGCAAUAACAGAAAAGCUUCAGAAGCUGCUGCCUUUUCAUCAGAGGAUGAUGGGCCUGAAGACGAGGGAGAGGGAGAUGAUGAUGUUGAUCAUGGUGAUGAGGAUGAGGAUGAGGAUGUUGAUGACAGUGCAGUGGACUAUGCCGCCCUACAGACAGAUGUGGACUAUGACUCUGAUCCUAUGGAGGAAUGUCUGCGGAUCUUUAACGAGUCCAAGGAUGUUAAGACAGAAGACAAGGGCAGGCAAGCUAAACAGCCUCCUAAGGAGGAGCAGGAAGACCAGGACGCAGACAGCACUUUAACCACACUCUUCCCUGGCCAGAAGAAGAGAGUUUCACAUUUUAAGGCCAAAGGAAAUGAGGAGACGUCGCUGAAUGUCUUACCGAAGCCACAGCGGAGGCUGACCGCGCAGGAAGUGUGUUACCAGCGCAUGCAGAUCGCUCAGCAGCAGGCAGUGCAGCUCGCCGCAGCCGUGAAAACUGCCUCCGCAUCCUCUGGCUCCACCCCCAGCUCUGCCUUUUCAGGAGAGAAGAGGAGAGUAAUGCAUCGGCCUAACCCCUCCUUAAUCUCUGCAAAACCUGGUUUAGCAGAUGCACAGCGGGCUGGCCGUGGGGUACUGUCACCCACCAGGACGGUACCGGAUCAGCUGUCAGUCAAAGCCCACACAUCUGCCGGCAUGCUGUCCAAAACGGUGUCCACUUCUGCAGCAAAGAGAGUGGCUCACACCCCUACCCUCAAGAGCUCUUCUAUGAAGAGGCCAGUAAUCCCCACAGAGUUUGGAGCCAAGGUGCCCACUAAUGUCCGUCAGCGCUACCUCAAUGUUUUCAUUGACGAAUGUCUUAAGUUCUGUCCCUCAGAAGAGGUCGCCUUCCAGAUGGGUCUGGAUGAGGAGAAGCUAGUGUAUGACAGAAGCAGCAGUAAAAACAUCUACCUGAAUGUUGCAGUGAACACACUGAAGAAGCUCCGCAGCAAGUGUCUCGCUGCUCCCUCACCCACCACCAAGAAGACCGGUGUGUCAGUAAAUAAGAAGGUUCAGUCUCAUGAGGGUGUUCUGGGUGGUCGGCUGGCAGCUACGACCAGCUAUACCAUCAACCGCCUGGGCAAACAGCAGGACAUGGACCUCAAAGGUGCAGUUCUGUACCGGAAACUGAAACCGUACGUUUUGACUGAGGAGCAGCUGCAGGAACACAGUUACCCCAGACCUCAUCCAGAGCGUUUGGGUCAUGCAGUCAUCUACAACCUCCCUGAGAAGAAAAACAAUGACCCCUUCUCUAAAGUGUGCUGCAGGUGUGGCGCCGAAUACAAAAUCAACGCCCUCGGCAGCUGCGUUCGCAAGGAGGAGUGCAGCCAUCACUGGGGCAGAUUGCGCAGAUACAGAGUGCCGGGAGGGUGGGAGACUCAGUACAGCUGCUGUUCCGGUGCUGUGGGCUCUCCUGGGUGUCAGGUGGCUAAACAACAUGUUCAGGACGGCCGUAAAGAGUCUUUAGACAGUUACGUGAAAACCUUCAGCAAGCCUGUACCAGCCGACGGCAAUGGAGGCGUCUACGCUUUGGACUGUGAGAUGUGCUACACAAAGCAAGGCUUGGAGCUGACCAGAGUGACGGUCAUCAACUCGGACCUUAAAGUGGUUUAUGACACAUUUGUGAAACCAGAGAGUAAAGUGGUGGACUACAACACACGGUUCUCGGGUGUGACGGAGGAGGAUUUAGAGAAUGCUACAAUGAGGCUGCGAGACGUCCAAGCUGUUUUACUGAACAUGUUCAGCGCUGAGUCCAUCCUGAUCGGCCACAGUCUGGAGAGUGACCUCUUAGCCCUUAAGUUGCUGCACAGCAUGGUCGUAGACACGGCUGUGGUUUUCCCUCACCGCCUCGGGCUGCCCUACAAGCGAGCUCUCCGCAACCUCAUGGCAGACUACCUCAAACGCAUCAUCCAGGACAACGUGGAGGGACAUGACUCCAGCGAGGACGCCUCCGCCUGCAUGGAGCUCAUGAUAUGGAAGAUCAAAGAGGAUGCCAAAGUCAAGAGAUGACCUCUGACCUCCCUGAGCCUCUACUCUCUCCCCUCCCUUCACAUUCUGUAUGACGACAGAGAAGGAGGGAGGCAGAAUAGGACAGAGAGUGAGAAAGCAAAGAAAGAAUAAAGCCAGAGUGAAGGGUCAUCCGCUGCUGCUUCGUGUCUGAAUUUGCACUGGAGUCCCAUAUGAACAAAGAAGGAAAAAGAGGGGAAGAUGUCACUACUGCCUAAAAAAGUGGGCAGACCUGGCUGUUAACCCGAUGCAAGUCGUUGAGGAAGUUCAUCUUCUACAGCUCAGUCUGAAAGCCUGCUUUAUUCCCAACAGCGCCCUCUUCAGGCAGCUGUGAAACAAGAUUGCUGAAGAGGUAAACCUCGAGGUUGAAAAUGAUGCUUUUUCAAAUUUAAAGACUGUGCUAUUUAUUUCAUGUUCAUGUGACUCCGUACCUUUUGACAAAAUCCACCACCUAUGCACAUCAGUUUUAAUAGUGCCAUUAUGUAGACUAGAGGUCUUCAAGUCUGGACACUGAGUCCAGAUUCCGGUCCUGGAUUUUGUAAUCACAACUAGAUAUAUUCCUACCCUCUUGACAAAAAGGGUUCUGUGUAGUACCAAAAAAGGUGAUUUGACUUGUAACAAUUGAGGGACUUUUUGGUCCUACAACAGAGCCAUGUAUGCAAGGUUUUCCAUCAGAGGGAAGAACCAUUUAACCAUAUAAAGAACCAUGUCAGCUUUCAGUGGUUCUUUGACCUGUGGUGGUUCUAUGUAUAGCCAUUGCAAAAUUACUACAGAAAACUUUGAGUGUAAUCAGUCAUGUCAUCAAUUACUGCCCCUAAAUACAAUAUCCAGCAUUGGAAACUAGAUCUGAGGACCAGGUCUAAAGACGUAGACCAGACGUAAAAUCCAGAAACAGAAAUCCAAUAUCCAGUUCUGAAUUUUGUUAUAACUUUUAGAUAUGAAACAAAAUGGUCAGUCAGUUACCUCUACAAAUGCAUCAUGAAGAACUAAGAGUGAUUACAUAUUCCAAAGCCAGAAUGGAUUCAAUGUCUGGAUUUGAAGACCAAUGACAUAGACCAGAGAUCUUGAAAUCCGGACCUUAAAUCUAGUUUUCAGUCCUGGAUUUUGUAAAGACUGCUAGUUAAAUGAACUGUGAAUGUAAUAGCCACCUAGUCAUGCCUGCCAAUGAUUAACAAAUCCACGACCAGAAACUGGAGUCAGGGUUUGGAUUUGAAAAUGUGUGAUCUAGAUCAGAGCUGUUCACAUCCAGACCUUGAAUCCAGUUUCCAGUUCUGGAUUUUGUAAUCACUGGUAUGUAUGACUCUAGGUGGGUAUCUGUUACAGCCACAGUUCAGUUAAAUCACUGCUAGUUAAUUAAAGUGUUGAUAUAACCGAUUGGCCAAGUAGUGUCAUACCUUCCAGCGAUUACAAGAUCUGGACCUUGGAUCCAGAUUUGGAAGAUAUCACUGUUAGAUAUGACACCCAGUCAGUUGCGUCAAAUAAAAAGAAAUAAAAUACUUACCACUGAUUACAAAAUCAAGUCGACGUGUUGAUGUAACUGAGCACAGGAAACCUGGAUUCAAGGGCUGGAUUUGAAGACCUGUAGGUUAAAUAAAUAAAUAAAUAAAUAAAUAAAUAAAUACAAUGUUGCUGCUUUAGAAAAGCUUUAUGUUGCACUGCUGGAAAGCCUGAGGUGUUACAGCAGGAGAAGAUGGAAUUAGAUAUUUGUUACAGUAUUAAACCCACAGUUACACUUACUUGAUCCUGUUUGGAGCUGAUCUGUCGCCAACUCGAGGUACAGUGUCUACAAACUCCCAGCUAGUUAUGCAGCUGUAAAAGGUUUCUUUUUUUUUUCCAGAUGUUUGUUCAGAAGCCCAUGCCUUUCAUAACUGUGAUGAUAAAUGUACUUGGGGGACACAGUCUGUCUGUAGUACAGUUAUCAGUGAACCUGUCGACUGAAGAAGAGCGUUUCAUGGUGAUGCUUUUUGUUCAGACUAUUGAUAUGAAGUGACCAGUUCAGCUGGUCCAGAGACGCCUGAUUUGCUUUUUUCCCCUCUUCUUCUUUUUUUUUUUUCUUUUUGUUAGAAAAUCACAGUCUGUGAAUCGCAUGGAUCUGAGCUGGCUGGCUAAUACACUCACUCAGACUAGGCCUAGCCCACACAGCUGCCUGCUAAUCCUAUCACAGGCACUGUAGGCCUACUGUAACGGCUGACAUUACACUGUUUCUGCCCCUUGUUUAUUUGCGCCAUUAUGUUCUAUUAUAAAGUGGUUUAACUCUGAAGCCAUGGGCUGUAAAUAUGCUGUAUCAAAGCUGUUUUGUAUCUAUUUUUGUUUUCUAUUAAAUGAUUUAAAUCAAA